ACGGGAUACGGAUGAAAACGUUUCAGGCCGGAAGUGUGUGACAGGAUGCGGAUGAAAACGCUUCAGGCCGGAAGUUUGAAGUGAAGAUGGAUGAAAAAGCUCCUGCGAAGCUCGGGAAAAUACUCAACAGCCCUUGGAGUGCAAGCUUGGAGUGACUGCCUAGGACUGCUGGGUUCCUGAGUCCUGUCAUCAGUUCUUGGUUCUGACUCUAUAACAACAUGGGAAAUCCUCUUCUGUGUAGUCUCUGUGCAUCAACGGCUUCAUCUCAAGGUUGCUUCAGACUGAAAUUCUGAAGGAUGAGUGUUCAGGACCCACCCACACUCCUGCAGCUGUCAGUACAGAGACUACUGAGGGAUGAGGCCCUGGCCACCUCUUCUCUGCAGUACCUGCCCAGGGCUCUUUUCCCAUUACUGUUCAAGGAAGCCUUCAAUCACAGACAAACUAAUGUCCUGAGGGCCAUGGUGGCAGUGUGGCCCUUUCCCUUCCUCCCUCUGGGGACCCUGAUGAAGACUCCCCACCUGGAGAUCUUGCAGGCUGUGCUGGAUGGAGUAGACAUGCUAUGGACACAGCAGGUUCUUCCCAGAAGGCGGAAGCUUCAAGUGCUGGACCUGAGGAAUGUGUACCAUGACUUCUGGGAUGUCUGGGUUGGACCAGAGGAUGGAGAGCGCUCAGCAGAGACUGUUUGUGAAAAGCAGAUAGCAAAGCGCCUUCAUAGAUAUGUACUGAGGCGACGUUUGAAGGUGGUCACUGACCUUUGCCUCAGGUUCCAUCUGAAUGAGCACCAAGCGUACCUGUUAGAGUGGGCCCAGCAGAGAAGAGGUUCCAUACGGCUGUGCUGUGUGAAGAUGCAGAUUUGGGCUUUGCCUGUGUACACUGUCAGGAAGGUCUUGAUGGUGUUCCAGCCAGACAGCAUCCAGGAAUUGGAACUGAAUACAGGUUGGAGUCUGUCCACUCUGGUGCAUUUUGCAUCUUACCUGGACCAGAUGAGAAACCUUCAAAAACUCCUUUUAACACGGAUUCACAAGAACACCUUCAAGGUUCUGAAUACCUCCUCGGACAUCCAGAAGUGUAUCACCAAGUUUGUUUCUCAGUUCUCGAAACUAAACUCUCUCCAGCAUCUCUCCAUGAAUGGCAUCUACUUUUCUAGUGAGCACAUGAAACAGUUGUUCAGGUCCCUGAAGAGCCCUUUGGAGACCUUGUCCAUCACUAUGUGCAAGCUUUCACAUUUAGACUUGAAUUCCUUGUCCCAGAGUCAGAGCCUCCAUCAGCUCAAACACCUGAACCUGAGACUUGUGAAAUUAAUUGACUUACGUCCUGUGUCUUUCCAUGAUCUCCUAAGGAGUGUUGCAGACACUCUGCAGACCUUAGAGUUGGAGGGCUGUUGGUUGGUAGACUCCCAGCUCAGUGCUCUCCUGCCUGCCCUGAGCCAGUGUUUCCAGCUCACCAGGGUCAAUUUCUAUGACAAUGACAUCUCAGUGGCUGUUCUGAAGGACCUUCUGUAUCACACAGCCAGUCUGAGCCGGCUGACCCAGGAGCUGUAUCCCGCCCCUCUGGAGUGCUAUGAUGACACGGGUGAUGUCCUCAUGGGAAGAUUUGUCCAACUUUGUCCUGAGCUUAUGGAGACACUCAUUACUGUAAGGCAGCCCAAGAGGGUCUCCUUUGCUACUUAUAUCUGCCAUGAAUGUUGUCAGCGCUGUGUCUAUGACCUGGAGACCAAACUUUGUCGUUGUUGGCAGUAAAUAGGGGCAGGGUGGUUUUUGAUACUGAGAAAUGAAAGCCUAGGAACAGGUCUUUCAUGAAGAGAACCCAAAGCAUGUGGCCACACACUGCCCAUUGUUUGGGAGCCCAAAUGGUGUGCAGGAGGGCCAGACCACAAAGACUGAGCUUAGGGAGAGCAGUGGGACCCACAACAGAUGUUUGUGGAAUCAAAAGACAAUCCUGCACAAGUUCUGUUCUUUCAUUCUUUCUUCCUUUUUUUUUUCUUUUAAGAUUUAUUUAUUUUAUAUCUGUGUGGUUUACCUGCAUAUAUGUGUCCCUGGUGCCUGUAGAGUUCAGGUGUGGGCAUUGGAUCCCCUGAAGCUGGAGUUUCAGAUGCCCGUAACCAUCACAUGUGUCUUCUGCAAGAACAAGUGCUCUUGCCUGUUCAGCCCCAAUUCUGCACUUUCUAAACAAAUGAGUUCUGUCAGGUUAUAAUAAUAAAUGACUUUCUCCUCACAUGGUAGUUGUAAAAUGGCAAGAUUUUGGAACCUGGAUGUCUGGUGUCCUCAGCCAUUAACCUGGUUUCAGUGUUGCUCUUUUCCUAUGGCUUGAGCUAGAAAAACCCUGUGCUGUCUGACCUCUCACCCAGGAUCUCUAGACAUCUGUGAUGGCAAACCUGAUUGUCAACUUGACUACUUCUGUAACAACUAGAGCCCAAGAUGCUGGAUAUUCCUGUGAGGUGUGAGAUUUUCAUCAGAUUACUUAUGAAACACUAAACAUACUCUAAAUGGUGGCCAUGCCUUCUCUUAGCAGCAUAUGUAAAGAGAGAGAGAAGGAAGCUGUGCUGUCAAGUUUGUCUGUCCUACUUCUUUGGGAAGUAUUUAUUUUCCUCAGGAUUUUAACACAGACUGAAAACCAGCAGCUCUCUAGGAUUGCAGUACCAGAUUUGACUGCAGAGAUAUCCAUCCAGCUUUGUGGAUGAACUCCCAGAUCCUUGGCUUUUUCAUUGUGAGCCAGCCAUUGUCAGACUGCGGUAGACCACAGCUGGUAAGCCAGUCUAAUAAGCCUCAUAUGUUCCUGAUACACAUGGAGCUGUCGGUUCUGCUCCUUCAGCCUGCAGAGACCCCCGACUGCUGCAGCACCAAAGUAGAGUGAAAGCAGUCAGACGUCUUCCCUCCUUUACUUUUGCCUGGGCAUCUGUUACAUCCCACUUCUGUCUGUUCAUUGCUUUAGUACACAAAAUUUCAACCUAAAAUGAGCAAUGCAUUCUCCUAUGAGGGAUUUGGGGAAUGGUAGAAGAAUUCAAUCUAGUACACUUAGACUAGGAGGUACUGUGGGCAUUUCAAAGAUGGCUGAAGCAAAGCCAAAGAUAACACAAAGGAAAUGGAGUCUAAGCCACAUUGCUUUAUCACUAUUUCUCUCUCUCUCAUGGUCACAUAUUGCCCAGGCUGGCCUUGAGAUCCUCCUGUCUCAACUUCUGAAUGCUAAGAUUACUGAAGUAUGACCCUCUUGGUGAGUUUAUAAGUCACAUGUAUGUAAGACCCUAUAUUUCAGCCUCCUGCUGUCCCUUUGAAAACAAAGGUCUCCAGAAGCUGUCCCUGUCCCCUAAAGGAUUGACAGGCCUUAAGAACUGCGUUAUAGAUGCCCAGGAGCAAACUGUUUUAUUUUGUUAAUAAGUAAGCCUAGCCAUUGUGUACCUCUCUGAAUAAACUGGUUGCAAUAAAGAAUUUUGUUUCAUA